AUGUAUUUAUCUUACCUUUUAGUCAUCCUUUCUUUUCACAGUGCUCAAAGUAUCACUUGCCCAAGAAGAUGCAGCUGUGACCCUGUCCAGUCAGUGCAAUGCUACAGAGCUACGGAGAUCCCCAGAGAGAUUCCUUCCACCACCAGGAGACUCUACAUCAGUCACAGCAAAAUUAAACAACUCCAGAUUACUGACUUCAGGAGAAUGUCAGCCCUUGAAGAGCUGGUCCUGUCAUGCAGUGGCACAGAAUCAAUAGAAAACAACACUUUCAAAGCUUUGAGCACCUUGAAGUCCCUGGAACUCUAUAAAAAUCAGCUAAAGCAAAUACCAACCUUCCUCCCAGCUGGUCUUGAAAUUUUAAAACUCGCCGAUAACUCCAUCAACACGCUGCAUGUGUCUGAUUUUGAAGGUUUGAUGAAACUAAGGGUGCUUGAUAUUCGGAACAACUUGAUUGUGACUCUGUCUCCAAGUGCAUUUUCUUCCCUUUGCAACUUACAAAGUCUGAUUCUGGAUGGCAACAACAUGGAAUCUGUGUCUGCACCACUUAAGCUUCCUAGGCUGAAGUAUUUGAGCAUGGCUGAUAAUAAACUGAACUCAUUUCCAACCAACUUCUUUACAUCUUUCCAAAAUCUACAGUUUCUCAGUUUAAGUGGCAACUUUCUGACAAAAGUGCCUCUUGACCUACCCAAAUCCCUGCUGUCACUAAAAUUAGAGAAAAACCAACUCAAAACAGUGAGACUUCGAGACAUGAAACACCUGGAAAACCUGUCUGAGUUCUUCCUGUCAGAAAAUCAGCUAACAUCAAUAGAUGGUGCCCAGCUUCUUCCUAACUUAACAACACUGGAGCUCUCUAAGAACCAGCUCCACACUAUGCCACUCAGGCUGCCAGGCAGACUGCAGAAGCUCGACUGCAGCAAUAACCUGAUUCAAAGGGUGACAGCGCAGGACUUCCAAGGACUACAAGAUCUCAAGCACUUGUUUCUUGACAACAAUGCUGUUAGCAUGUUUGAGGCAGGAGCUCUUCAGCAGUGUGUGCAGCUUUCAAAUCUGGCGCUGGAACAGAAUCUCCUCAUUUCUAUUCCUCUGAGACUUCCCGACACCCUUGCUAGGUUGGAUCUAAAGGGAAAUGACAUAGAGGAUGUUGGAGAACAAGAGCUGAAGGACUUGAAACAGCUUCAGGUUCUAAAUUUACGGAACAACAAGAUAUCUGCCUUGGAUCGCAAAGUCUUAGAGUAUUUACCUCGUCUCCGUCAUCUGUAUUUAGAUGGAAACCCUUGGAACUGCACCUGCGACCUUCUCAGAACCAGAAGAGCGCUGGUGGCCAAGGGAACGGAUGUCAGGGGCGGGCAGUGCGCGGCCCCAGCAGAAAGCCGAGGAGAAAGCUGGAUGUCUUCCAAAAAGAUUCUGCAGCAGUGUGAGGAUAAUCUGUCUUCCAUGGAGAGAGGCAAAGAGGACAGAAAGAAAAUGAAACCGAGUGAGGCCUCCAGUGUUGGAGUAAACACAGAUGAUGAUUACUAUGAUUAUGAAUUAGAUUAA